AUGGCCGAACUCAUUAUACCACCGCUUCUACUGCAUCAACAUGUCCACAUUCUAGCCGUGGCCGCAUGUGUGGGAGCCAUCGGAUUUGUGAUUAUCAGAUACUUUCUCGCAUCAAAAAGAGAUGGAUGGCAUACAUGGGCCGCGCGUAGCUUGGGUGCGGGGAUAGGGCUGGAUGCGGCGGAGAAGGGUGACACGGACAGAUCAUGGCGAUCACUCGCAGAAGAGGUUCCAUAUGACCUCGAAAAGAGAGCUAUUAUGCACAAGAGAUGGCUCAUGGUCGCCCACGACUCUGAAUUCUCGAAGCCAGGCGACUAUCGCACGUACACAAUCGCCGACAUCCCGUUCCUCAUUAUUCGAGGCAAGGACGAUAAUAAGCUCCGGGCCUUUCACAAUGUCUGCCGGCAUAGAGCAUACAUGGUGGCGCGUAAGACUAGUGGCAACUCUGGUUUGCUCUCAUGCAAGUACCAUGGGUGGCAGUACGAGUCAACCGGCCGACUGUUUAAGGCACCAGAAUUCAUGGACAAACCAGGAUUUGACAUGUCGACCAACGGACUUUUCGAGAUCCACCUGAGGAUAGAUUCGGGCCGCUUUGUCUUUGUCAACUUUGCGACAGAGCUGGCGGAUGCGUUCCCCUGGAGCGACAUUUCGUCGCCAUCGUUGCAGUCACUAAAACUUGUAGAUACGAUAGCCUGGGAGGUGGUGUUUAAUGUGAGCUGGAGGAUUGCGAGUCUAUUGCCGUGGUUCUUGAACCCCUUGCGGCUGACGACGUCUUCUUGGCAGCACACACUUGUCAAAUAUCUUGCAGAAGGCCCAUCCUCAUCCCCAAGGCUCCAAUAUGUGGACGACACAUCCUUCAUCUGCUGUCUUGGUAGCGGGUGUUUCCUACUCGUAUCAGCUUUGCCAUUAGACGCCACCAACACAGUUGUCAAAAUCACAUAUAUAGCGGCGCCUGGCAUGUCUCCACCUAGCAAUAUGCAAAAUCUGGUGAACAUCGAAAUCACAUCAGCCCUAAGUAUGCUGAAGAAACACCAACCGCCAAAUACAAACCUCGAUUUCCGGCAGAGCGCCAUCCGAGAGAGACUUGACAAGUUCGCUCGCCACAUCGACCAGCAUAGGCGUUUGGAGAAAGCAGCUAGGCGGUUGAUCAAUCCUGCUGUGAGGGUAACUGGACAUGCUAGUGAGGAUAGGGAGGCUGAAUUCGUUUGCAACGCUCUUGAAAAUGCUCAAGGCCCACUUGGAGCAGCGUGUCCUGUCGCCCGAAUCCCGGACUUGGAAUGGUGAAGUUGCAU